CAGUGUUUGGGAAGGUAAGGUGAACUGGUGAUAGUUGGCAAUCUGAAACGACAGAGACUGAUUUGACUGCUUCUUAUAGACUCACUUAUGGCAGAAGAUCACCCAAUAUGCCUAGCUUCGGUUAUAUACUACUUCCGAGAUGCGCAGUACCGACAUGUCAUCAAUUCUGCAGAAGAAUAUUUGAAAAUGAAUCACAACGACCCAGUGCUUCAGUUGUUUAAGGCUCUUGGAAUUUUAAUGGAAGGUCGGACCCAAGAUGCCAUUACAGAGCUGCUGCAAGUGAGAGAUAAACCAAGCGUCUCCAUCGGUUCCGUACUGGCCCUAAUAUUUGCACACAGGAAAUAUGAAUCAGUCGACGUAGAGGCCGUGUCGGACCUGGAGGCGUUGUUGCGGUCCAGUCGUAAAACGGCGGGAGAUAAAGCGCUGCUGUACGCAGGCAUGACCUUGUGGCUGCUCGGCCACUGCGCCAAAGCCAGGGAGUAUAUAGACAGAGCCGUAAAGAUGAGCAACGACUCGCCUCAGGCUCUGAUCAUGAAGGGCUGGAUGCUGCUGAGCUCCGAGGCGGACCAUGAGAGAUCCCAGGCGGUGCACUGCUUCGACCGAGGGGUGCAGGAUUCCAGCCAUGUGCUUGGACUUAUUGGCAAGGUUGAGUUCUUCAUGAUGAAGCAGAACUACUCUUGGGCCAUGGACGUGGUGAACCAGAUCAUAGCCUCCUACCCCACCUUCCUCCCCGCGCUCACUCUCAAGAUGGGCGUUUUCCUGGCCCGCCAAGACUGGGAGCAGACGAGGGAAAUGUGUGACAGAAUCCUUGAACAUGACAAGUGGAACUUGAGAGCACGUCAGAUGAUGGUCAUUUUGGCUUUAGCUAAAGAUGGGGACCUGACCAAGGGGAGGGACACCACCUACGCCUUAAUCAAUGCCUUAGAGUUGCAUGAACCCUGCAACCCUAGACUCCAGGCAGACAUGAUCAUGCCCAUUAGCAGGCUGUGUGGGAACGAUCAAGCGAUCCUGGAGGCUCUGCUUAUCUUCAUGCAGCGAAUCCACUACAAGGCAAAGGCAGACGCAGACAUCGCCAAUGAGGUGGGCCACCUGCUGGUGCUUCAGAGCAAACCCAAGGAUGCUGUCAGGUGGUUCGCUACCGCCCUCAAAGCAGACGAGACCAGCUUAACUGCCCUGACAGGCCUGGUGCGGUGCCAGCUGCUGAUUGGAGACGAGGAGGAGGCAGCCCAGCAGUUGGAGUUUCUCAGUGAGGUCCAGCAGAGCCUAGAACGCUCCUCAGAGCUGGCUCUCCUGGAGGCCAUCUCGUGGAAUAAGAAAGGAGGUGGGCAGGAGGAGGCGAUCAGCCUGCUGAAGGAGGCCAUAGAGCUCCGCCUUCUUCCGCUCAAGGGCCGCCCCCUCAGCCCACUCUACCUCCACACGCUCGACCCCAACUUCCUCUUCGAGGUGGUGCGGCUGCACCUGUGCUACGUCCAGGCCGAGCCCCAUGUUCAGGGUCAGCCUCUGGACUUUGGCUUGAAGCACUGUGUCAUGAUCCUAGAUGUGGCGGUGAGGGCCACCCCUGGGAUACUCACCUGCUCCUACCUCAUGGCCUUCGUCAAGUUCCUCGCAGGCGACAGUAAGGCAGCGCAGGUCUACGUGAGCAAGUGUCUGGAGAGAGAGCCCAGUCUGGCCCCGGCCCACCUGCUGCAGGCCAGACUGCACCUGCAGGCGCGCGACUACCAGCAGUGCCUCAGCUGUCUGGAGAACGGAGUCUCACACAACUUCCAGGUGCGCGACCUGCCGGGGUAUCACCUGCUGAAAGCGUGUGCUCAGCGUGAGAUGGGGGACGUGUCAGAGGCCAUCCUCUCCCUGAGGCUGGCGAUGAGUCUGCCCGGCGUCAGCAGGCCUGUGAGGGGGAAGGAGUCCUCCGUCAGCACCUGGGAGAGGGCCUCUGUGUUCCUGGAGCUCGUCCAGGCCCUCAGACUCAACGGAGAAGAGCAUGAAGCCACCAAGAUCAUGCAGGACGCCAUCCAGAGCUUCUCCGACACCCCAGAGGAGAUCCGCGUCCUGGUGGCCAAUGUGGACCUGGCUCUGGCCACGGACCAGGUGGACACGGCCAUCAGCAUGCUGAGGAGCGUACUGCCGGGCCAGCCCAACUACACCGAGGCCAAGGAGAAGAUGGCCUCCAUUUACCUGGACAGGAAGAAGAAUAAAAACCUCUACAUCGCCUGUUAUAGGGAGAUGUGUGAGAUGAUGCCCAGUUCUCACUCUAGUGUUCUCUUAGGUGAUGCCCUCAUGAAAAUCCAAGAGGAUGCAUUUUACUAUGAAUUGUUGCAUGCUGAUGUGCUAAAACAUAAUUGUUCUGAACACCCAAAGCCAGAGAAGGCCAUAACAGUGUACCAAGAGGCCACAGUGAAGGCCCCCAAAGAUCCAAUCCUUGCCCAGAGGAUUGGUCAGGCUUAUGUGAAGACCCACCAAUAUGACAAGGCCAUCCCCUACUACGAGACCGCCCUGGACAACCACAUGCAGGACUCGCUCUGUCUGGAGCUCGUCGAGCUCCUCAUUAAGCUGAAGCAGUUUGACAAAGCCCAGAACAUCCUUGGGAAGGCCUUAAGCAAAGAAGCCACCAGUGAGUUGGCCACCAUGAUGAGUUAUGUCAGGUAUCUGAAUGCUUUGGCAAGAAUCCAAGAGGAAAUAAAUGUCUCUCCAGAGGAAACAUUAAAGAAGGCCCUGUCUAUUCAAAAGAAGGUGUUGAGGCGUGUGCCUGCGGAGCUGCUGGAGCAGCAGACGCCGGUGGCCUGCUGGCUGCUGUGUGCCGUGGCCCGGCUGCAGCCUCGCCUGGAGGAGGCCAUUCAGCACUACACCGAGGCCCUGCACCACACGCCAGCAGACGCCAAAAUUUCGCUUGAGAUGGCCCAGCUGUAUCUGAAGCACAACAAGCUGGACCAGUGCAAGGAGCACUGUGAGGCAGCCGUCACGGCCCAACCCAACCACCCCGCGGCCACCAUGUUGCUGGGGGACGUGCUGUUCCGCCAGACGAAGCAUGAUGAGGCUGUGAAGGUGUAUGAAGACCUGAUCCAGCACUGCCCCGAUAACUUCCGGGCCAUGGCCAAGUUCAUCGACCUCCUGAGGAGAGUUGGGAAGCUGGAGGACAUGGUUCCCUUUUUCACAGCAUGUGAGAGCUUCUCCUCCAGGGCCCCCUAUGAGCCGGGCUUUAACUACUGCAGGGGGCUCUAUCUCUGGCACAGGGACCAGGUGACUGAGGCGCUGAUCCACCUGAAUAAGGCCCGCAGGGACAGGGAGUGGGGAGAGAAAGCGCUGGACCUGAUGAUCCAGAUCUGUCUGAACCCAGACAAGGAGACGUUUGCCGGCCAGAUGUUCCAGCCCGACCAGGAGGAGGGGGGUCCCAGUGGUGGGCAGGCUGAGGGUAAGAGUGACGAGGGGACCCAGCUGGGCUUGAACACGGCCCAGAACCUGCUGAAGGAGUUCCGCACGGGUUCCAAGGCCAGUGUGGGGAGAGCCCACGUCCUCUUCAACCUGCUGAUGCUGCACACCAAGGAGGAGGCUCACGUGCAGAACGCUGCCACCGCCUUCAGCGAGAUGAUGGCUGGGAAGCCUGACAAAGAGAAUGUGUCAGCGCUGCUGGGCCUGAGCCAGGCCUUCAUGCUCCUGAACCAGGUGCCGCGCGCUCGGAACCAGCUGAAGCGGAUCUCCAAGGUGGAGUGGAGCGAGGAGAACGCCGACGACCUGGAGAGGAGCCAGCUGCUGCUGGCCGACAUCUACAUCAAGUCUGGGAAGUACGACAUCGCCACCAAACUGGCCAAGCUCUGCCUCAGCCACAACAAGUCCUGCUGUAAAGCGCUGGAGUAUCUGGGCUACAUGUCAGAGAGUGAGCACUCGUACAGGGAUGCUGCUGAGCAGUACUCAGAGGCGUGGAGGUGCAGACACAGGCCCAACGCCACCAUAGGGUACCGGCUGGCUUUCAAUUACCUCAAGUGUAAAAACUACACAGAGGCCAUAGAUGUUUGUCACAAGGUUCUAGAGGCGCACCCUGACUUCCCCCAGAUUGAGACGGACAUUAUGAACCGGGCCGUGCUGUCCCUGAGGCCUUAGCACUCAUGCCCCGCGCAGACCAGCACACAAGUGUCUUCACUGCACCGACGCCUACUUUUUACAUAUUUAUGCUUUAAUUUAAAAGGACAAAUGUACUUCACACAUCUGUCAGCACUGUAGCCAUGUAGAGGAUGUUUUAUAAUCUAUACUGAUACUCUAUUUAUUGUAUCCAUAGAUGGUUUGUGUUGUAGGUCUAUAAGCUG